GUCAAACCGUGGAGAGGGAGACAUGGAGGCGCACUUCCUGCUGGCCUGAGUUGGAUUAUAUGUCAAUACAGUCGUGUCAGAUCGUCGGAUAAUCAGAUAAUCUUCGUGCAGUUUUUUUAAGUUUAUCCAGCCUGCGUCAAGAAGCUAGUUUGAGCGUCGCCAUCCUUCUCCCUCCCCGUGGUUGUAAGGGGAGGGGUUUCAUCCUCUCCAGCCACGCAGACCGAGCUGUUUGUCUUGUCCUGACAGCCAUGGAGAGAUUAGACACUACAUCGGAGCUCCAGUCACGGCUGUCAUCCUUGUCCUUCUCAUCUUUCCCCGGGAUAACAUCCAAACAGAGCGACAACAGCCCCCUGGACAGGCUCCAGAAUACAAAUCUGUCGGAGAGCUUCAUCCAGUCCAAAAACCAAGCGGAUAUGGACGAGACCAAGGAGGACUCGAGACAGCUUUCUGAGGCUAAUGAAGAGGCCCCCGCUGAGCCGGCCCUGGGGGAAGCGGGCGAGGAGAACAACAGCGCUGGGAGCUGUCAGCUCUCUGCUGAGAUGAAAGCCCAGAUGCCUCCCCUGAGUCCCCCGACAACUUGGACAUCUGCUGCGCUGAAGGAGCUGAAGGCGAAGCUCAGGACGGAGAAGGACAGCGUGGUGACAGUGUACCGAGGCGACAUCAUGACGGUUCAUGUGCCCACUAUCCCCGAGGCCACGAAAGUGUGCUGGGAGUUCGCCACAGACGGUUACGACAUCGGCUUCGGCAUAUACUUUGACUGGAGUCCCGUGACGACCCGGGCCAUCACGGUGCACAUCAGCGAGUCGAGCGAUGACGAAGAUGAAGAAGAGGAGAUGGAAGGGCCUGUCACUAACGGAGAUAUAGAGAAGGGCUCCAAAAGCCACACCAACGCAAACCUGGCUGAAAUUCUGCCUGUAUACCGUCAGGACAGCCAUUUGCUAGUCCAGGCAGGGAGCCACGACUUCCCAGGUGAAGGCACUUACCUCCUAAAGUUCGACAACUCCUACUCCCUUUGGAGAAACAAAACUCUUUACUACAGGGUUUACUACAGUGCCUGAGAUGCCAGUUUAUUGAUUAUGAAUGUGUAAUUUACAGAAGAAUAUCACUCUUGUGAACAAUGAACUAUUUUUGAUUCCUUUCCUGAAAAAAAAAGUAUGAAAUUAUAAUAUAAAAUGUUAAAUAUAGUCAUAUCUAUUUUUUAUCUCUAUCAGCUUGUGUCGCCACAUGUUGAAUUUGUGUAUACGGCUUCUAAACGCAUCAUUUGCUUCAGUGUCUUGCUGAUAAUAUAUAUUUGAAGAAGCCCUGCAUAUGUGCCAUUUCCCCCAUGUAUGCACUGUGCUAUUUGGUCAAGUGCCCGUCAUAAAACGUAUAUUGUCCCAACAUUUCUAUGGUAGCAGUGAUCAGGGAACACCUGCACAGAAUAUAUUUCCUCAGGCCUGGUGCUUAUUCAGAGUUCUGUCUGUUCUGUGUGUGUGCGCACUUUUUUUUUUUUUUUUUUUUUGAUGUUGCUUUUGUUGUUGUCUCAUGUAUUUAUAAUUUGGCCUUGUAGCUUAACUUUGAUUUAUUUUUUUUUAUCUGUAUUUGAAGAAUCUGAUCAUGUGAUGAGUCAGAAUAUAUUUUAAAAGCAGACACGUCCACUGUGAUCUUGUUGGUUAAAGGUAGAAGUUGAAUGUACUGAAGCAGAGGGUGCUUUUUAUGACACAAAUAAAAGCCCUCCCUUAUCACGUAAAGCUCUCAUUAUGUAAUAUAGAUUCAAUAUUUACAUUUGCGUUGCCCCCCCUUUAAUUAGCCAUUUUGGAGGCAAGGACAAGUUGUAACAGUCCAUUUAAAUAUAUGUAUUUUGUGCAGAGGCCUAUGUGAGUGAAAAUUACUGUGUUUGUUUUUGAAUGUCGUCGGCGCAUCGGGACACACUUUGGAUUCGAUCGUGCCGAAUAGCUUCAUCACAUUUUUUUUCGAUGCUUCUGUCGCUUGUGCGCAUGUUCCCAAAGAUGUCACAGAUUUGGCUGCUAACGUCGUAUACAGUGUAAAGCAAAUGAUUUUAAGCUUUUCAUGUUUGCCGUACUGUUCCUUCACUGUGUGCUAUGAUGGCAUUUGUUUCCUGAAAUUUAUAUUCCACAAUAAAGAGAAGAUUAUCUA